CGCAAUAUUUGCGAAGCAAAUAGUGUUUUCUGUCUGCUGUUAUUCAAUAUUUUAAUUUGAUAAUCUCCUCUUCACCAUGCUCUUUCAUAGCUUGACGUUGCUCAGCUUCGGUCUGCUAGCGUCCACUACUGUCAUUCCAACCCAGGUUGAGCGGCAAGAGACCUCUCUCGAGGAGCGUGACUCUGUCUGUACCAAUGGCCCUACCACGCGAAGCUGCUGGAGAACUGGAUUCAGUAUUGCAACGGACUUCGAUGAUAAGGCACCGCCGGCUGGGCAAACUAGAACUUACAACUUAGAGAUCACCAACACUACCGCUGAUCUUGACGGAGCGGGUUCCAAGCUAGCUAUGCUGAUCAACAAUCAGUUCCCCGGCCCCACGAUCAUAGCUGACUGGGGUGACACCCUUGUCGUCAACGUGAAGAACUCCCUGCAAAACAACGGGACUAGCAUACAUUGGCACGGCAUCCGACAGCUAAAUUCGUGCCAGAACGAUGGCGUUAACGGAGUAACCGAGUGUCCGAUUGCUCCGGGCGAAACGAAGACUUAUACCUUCAAAGCCACCCAAUUCGGGACAACAUGGUAUCACUCGCACCAUAGCGCUCAGUACGGAGAUGGGGUUGUCGGUACAAUAAUCAUCAACGGACCAGCUACUUCAAACUAUGACUACGAUCUUGGGACCCUGCCCUUCACAGAUUUCUACUACUUGCCUGCGUUCGAGCUGAAUGAGAGGGCACAGCACUCUCUGACAGGCCCGCCAGAGCCGGACAACAUCCUAGUCAACGGGACGAUGAAGAACGCAAAGGGUGGGGGCCAGUACUUCAAGAUGACGGUAACGAAGGGGAAGAAGUACAGGAUUAGGCUCAUCAAUACCAGCGUUGAUUCCUUCCUCCAUGUGUCAAUGGACGGACAUCCGUUUACAGUCAUUACCUCGGAUCUGGUUCCUAUCAAGCCCUACACCACAGAUCAAUUAGCGAUCAACAUCGGGCAACGAUACGACGUCAUCAUCAAGACAGACCAAACCGUAGACAACUACUGGUUUCGAGUCGGGGUUGCAACAGAUUGCGGGACCAAUGCCAUGCUCUCCAGCGGUAUUCAGAUCGGUGCUAUCCUCCACUACGACGGGGCAUCGAGUGCCGAGCCAACCACUACCGGAGUCACUCUGAAGACUAGCUGCGCCGACGAGACCGGCCUGACUCCAUGGGUCAAGAAUACGGUCCCAUCCGAACCGCUUCUCAGUUCCAUCAAAGAAAUCUCCCUCGACUUCAAUCAAGACGCCACUCAGGACAACCUCUUCCGAUGGCUGAUCAACGGAUCCGACAUGGAAGUCAACUGGGGCAAGCCGACGCUAGAGUACGUCCUUUCUGGGAACACAGAUAAUAACCCCAAAAGCAACAUCUUCGCGAUGCCCAACGCCAACGCCUGGUACUACUGGUGGAUCCAAACCACCAGCCUAAUCGAGCUCCCGCACCCCAUCCACCUCCACGGCCACGACUUCUACCUCGUCGGCCGCGGCGACGACGUCUGGGACGGCACAACGGCCGGCCUGACCUUCGAUAACCCCACGCGCCGCGACGUCGCCACGCUGCCGGCCGGCGGCUGGAUGAUCCUCGCGUUCCCGGCGGAUAACCCCGGCGCCUGGGUUAUGCAUUGCCAUAUCGCGUGGCAUGCGUCGCAGGGGCUGAGCAUGCAGUUCCUGGAGCGGGUGGACGAGAUCAAGGGCGCGAUUGGGGAUACAAGUGCUUUUAGUAAGGGCUGUGCGGCGUGGAAUAAGUACUGGGAUGGCGAGCAUCCGUAUAAUAUGACGGAUUCUGGGUUGAGAUAGACGUCGUAUCCGAGGAGUCGGUUGGUGUCUGAGAGUGGAGGCAGGAGUGUAUGAUGGAUUUCUUGUGGUAUGAUUUCGAUGAUGGCGUUUUGACUUAUGAUCUCGAAGGAAAGGGUAAUGAGGCGUUCCUCGGAGGUCUGAUCGUAAAUCGAUGGCGUUCUUUUUUGAGUGGGUUGGGCAUUGCGUUGGGCGGAGAGAUACUGUUUUAUAGCAUGGUAGUGUCAAAAGUAUCACGUUACAGUUGCCA